CCUGGCAGCUCCACAGACAUGGAUGUGUUCCAGAAAGUAGAGAAAAUCGGAGAGGGCACCUAUGGGGUCGUAUAUAAGGCCAAGAACAUGGACACUGGGCAGUUUGUGGCCCUCAAGAAGAUCAGGCUGGAUUUGGAGACCGAGGGGGUCCCCAGCACUGCUAUCAGGGAGAUCUCCUUGCUCAAAGAACUGAAGCACCCCAACAUUGUCAAGCUGCUGGAUGUGGUCCAUAGAGAGAAGAAGCUGUGCCUGGUAUUCGAGUUCCUCAGCCAGGACCUGAAGAAGUACCUAGAUUCCACCCCAGCCUCAGAGUUUCCCCUGCGCUUGGUCAAGAGCUAUCUCUCUCAGCUGCUGCAAGGGGUGAAUUUCUGCCACUCCCAUCGGGUCAUCCACCGAGACCUGAAGCCCCAGAAUCUGCUCAUCAAUGAGUUCGGAGCCAUCAAGCUGGCUGACUUUGGACUGGCUCGAGCCUUUGGGAUACCCCUGCGCACCUACACCCAUGAGGUGGUGACACUGUGGUAUCGUGCCCCGGAGAUCCUCUUGGGCAGCAAAAUUUAUUCAACAGCUGUGGACGUCUGGAGCAUUGGUUGCAUCUUUGCAGAAAUGGUGACUGGCAAACCCCUUUUCCCUGGUGACUCAGAGAUUGACCAGCUGUUUCGGAUCUUUCACACCCUGGGGACCCCCAGUGAGGCCACAUGGCCAGGGGUCACCCAGUUGCCUGACUUUAAGAGCAGCUUCCCCAAGUGGACCAGGAAGGGACUGGAGGAGAUCGUGCCUAGUCUGGGACCACAGGGCAAGGACCUGCUCAUGAAACUUCUGCACUAUGACCCUGGUCAGCGGAUCUCAGCCAAGACUGCCCUGGCCCAUCCCUACUUCUCUACUGGGAGUUCCCCAGUCCCCUGCCACUACAUGGUGGAGACUUUAUGCCUCUAAGAAUGGAGGUUGGGGGUGCACAUCACCUCACAUCCUUUCCAGCUGCCUCCUCACCCACUUUCCAAGAGAGAGAGAAUUUGGGGAGAGAGCAAAUAUCUGAGAGUUUUACACCAGCUGUCAGAAGGCUGACUUUGGAUUCGUUGGCAAGCUCCUGUGUUGUUUGUUGGGUUUAAUGAUGCACUUCCAAAAAGAAUGCAGAUACUGCAUGUAUGAGUGGCCCCCUGGCACUAAACAACAGGUGCCAAGUUAGUGAAGAGAAGGAACAUUGCCCAAGCUGUGGGUAAGGGACUCCCUGGCCCUUCGCCUGUACCACAGUGGCUGCAGGGCCAGGCCCCAGGGAGAGGGUGCCCUCUGCUGGUCUUUUUUGGUAGGAAGCGUUGAGCUCUAGUUUAAACAGGUAGGGGAGGGAAGAAAAGGGGCAGUUUUCGGAUCCCAGGAGUGGUCAGGGGACCUGAGAGCAUUCUAAAUGGUUGUCACAUAUGUCCAAGAUAAGCUGUUGGUGUGACAAACAGGAAAUAAAUAUGACUUACUCCUGA